AUCUGAUCAGUAACGAGAAGGAAACAUUCGCCUGUAAGACUCUACGCAGGGUUUAAUAGCCCUCCGCUCUGCCUACGCCAACGCCGCCUUUAUUCUCCAAAAAUAAUGAGCCGCUUUGGAUUUUAUUUCAUUUUUCUCUUCUUGUUAAUGAAAAGCCCGAGUGUGAUUUUAUUCCUGUGUUUCGCCAUUUAUGUUUACAUCCAUUACAGAACCCGCUAGGGAAGGGAAAAGCGGCGCGGCUGAAUCUGAUCAAUGCAGGCAAAGUGAUGAUGAGGAUGUAGGUCGUAUCGUUCAGCAUCCGUCUCUUUUAUUUACAAACACGUCACGGAUCUCUCGUCCUUGUCUCUACGGCUGGAGGCCCAAGUGAUGGAUUGUGCUGUUCCCGUCCCGGAGGUCGACACCAAAAACCAGGUCAGACGGGGGUGGUACCUCACCGGGCAGCGAUAAGACCCGCAGGAUGCUUGAUAAGAGAUAUCUAUAAAGCAGAGACACAGAGCCGUACGCUACAGUCCAGGCAGAGGGUAGGACCCAAACCAAGUGCUCUUAUUUGACAGAUUUAUCUUCAUCCUAAUGGGUCUCAUCCUGUCUGCCUGGCUGACCGACCCAGCAGCUGACCGCGUCCCCUCCUCUUCAUCAUCCUUCCCUCCGCUGGCCGUCCCAACCUCGUCUAGAGUCACCCUCAUCCUGAGCUCCUCUGUAGCGUCUCCAGGAGACAGACGCUCAGACUGGAGCUCGCAGCACCGCUCUCCUCACUUCCAACUCUCUCAGUGCAAGCAGGAAGUGACACGCGCACCUGCCGAGCUCAGCAGCGAUGGGGUCAGGGCCGAGGUGGGGGUGGAGAGUGGGCUCCAUGUGUGGGAGGUAACUUGGAACCCUGAGCACAGAGGAAGUCAUGCAGUCAUAGGAAUUUCGAGGCAGGACUGCCCUCUGCAAGACUCGGGUUAUAAAGUUCUGGUGGGUGGAGAUUCUCUGUCAUGGGGAUGGGAACUACAAACCAAUCAGCUCUGGCAUGGUGGAGAAACUCUGGCGUGUUUUCCGUGUGAAAGGCGGGGGUCUCUUAGAUUGAAAUCCUCAAACUCACUGCACAGCAAAGAGACCGAUGCACCUCUCCUUAUUCCUGAACGCGUCCAGCUGGUCCUGGAUGCUGAUGCGGGGACUCUGGGGUUUGCUGUCGAUGGCAGCUUCCUGGGUGUUGCAUUCAGGGACCUUCCUCCUGGAGUGGAAUUGUUCCCAGCAGUAAGCAGUGUGAGAGGAGGAGCACGGAUUGCAUUGCGCUAUCUGAACGGAACCACGCGUAAUCCUCCCGCCCUGAAGGCUCUGUGUGGACUAUCAAUUCUGCAGAAUUUAGGGCAACAAAGGCAGAACCAAGUGGACAAACUGCCUUUACCACCUUUACUCCAACACUACCUGCUUUCCUCUUUCUAAUUCCCUUGCACCUUUACAUGCAAAUGUUUUUGCAUUGUUUUUUAAAUUGAUUUGUUUGUAUUGUUUAUGUUAUUUAUUGGUAGUUUUAUAAUUGACAAACUCACUUUGGAUAAUAAAAAUCUUCACACAAGCCUGAUAAGGACUCCUUCAGCUACAAACACAUGUAAAUAGUCUGAAUGUUUGUUUUAAUAAACCAGACUUGCAGAACA